UUACACUGUAUGGCUUGGGUUUUGUCGAGCUCCAUCCGUACAAUGCGUAACAGGGUGAUAAACUGACAUCUCCCAGCUGUGUUUUUACAGUAGAGUCCGAGGCCGAAACAUUCAAGGAAUCGUUGUUAAAAUUCUGACCCAAAAUUGGUCUAGUGUUGAUGGAGUUCAGAGUUGAAGACAACCAGACUAGAAGCGAUCGGACUUUAUAUUCAUCAUGUUUCCAGGAAAGGGAAGACGUUACUUUAUGUUUGACGGUGGAAAACGCUUGUGAAAGAAUCGAAAGGGUUUUGUCAAUUGGAAUUACACUAUACGGGCUUUAUGGUUGGAUCUUGGGUUCAGAUAGCCUUUGUUUACUGGAUCAGAAAGAGGCCAGAAGUCAGUUCAUGUGAAUCGGAGAGGGGUGUCUGUCGUUGUUUAGAUGGUGAUUAGAAAGACAGGAAGGAUAGAUUGGGACUAAUAUGACGAUCACGUUACUUAACCAUAAGCAGCGCACGUUACUUAACCCACUGAAACCAUGUCGCAUGUGACUGACUGGGAAGCGUCCGCGUCGAUAAUUGUAUAACCUGAGAGAGAAAGCAUCUUGGGAGCAGGGCCUCUCAACUCACCGCUGGCCGGAGAGAGCACGGACCCGCUGGGGUGACACAACCCCGCCACGGUGCCACCAUGGAUCUACUUGAGUGCCCAAUCUGCCUGUUCCUCAUGUGUGAACCGGCCACCAUGUCCUGUGGUCACUCGUUCUGCCGGAGUUGCCUGGGAAACUACUUGCCAUCCAGGUGCCCAGCCUGCAAGGAAAGAUUUAAACAGAGAGACGCCAAAAAUAUCAAGAACACCAUCCUGAUCUUCAGUGUCAUUGAGAAGUGCUGCCCAGAAGAAACGAGGAUGAAAUGCCAUAUUCUGGAGAAACUCAAAACCAACGAGUUCACAGAAGCUUUACGCAUCGCGGAUGAAGGGAUACGACUAGCCCCUGGUGAUGUGAGUCUGAAGGUGUGGAGAGCGGAGGCCAGUAUGGAACUGAGACUGUACUCUGAUGCCCUGAGGGACCUUGAAGACCUUUGCUGCGUUCGUCCCAAGUGGACAGAGGGUUUCUUUCGUAAAGGUAAUGUGUUACUGGAGAUGGGUCGUCAGUCUGAAGCCCUGAUCCAGUUUCACCGCUGUCUCAAACUACAGGCCGACUUCACUCCUGCCAAGAGCCAGAUUAAAAAGAUCCUGGAGGCGGAAGGCAUGUCAGUUCCAGAGGAGGUCCCCCAGAUCCUCCAGGUGGUCUCGGAGUACCUCAGAGACCCCUGCCCCCCCAUCACAAGCCUCUUCCCCCCUGGACCCACACAAAGCCACACACACAGCCACGCCGAAAGCCUCCGAUUCCCUCAGGAGGAGGGGGACAGGAGAGGAGACUCUGAGAAUGGGUCAAAGGUGAAACAUGGGACCAGUACUGAGUGCUGUCUCAGUCUCUGUCAGGCCGUGUCCUUCCUCCCUACAGCCGAGGAUGAUGAGGAGAUGAUGAUGAGGAAGGAGGAGAGGCACAGCAGGGGAGGCUGCAGUCUGGAAAGAAGAGACUCUCUGAGUGUCCUCACUGUGUCUGACUUUGAAUGUCCCCUCUGUAUCAGGUUGUUCUAUGAGCCAGUGACCACUCCCUGUGGACAUACCUUCUGUAGGACCUGCCUCGAGAGAAGCCUAGACCACAACCUCCGCUGCCCCCUCUGCAAACAGCCACUACAGGAGUACUUUAAGAGCAGGAAGUACAACCCCACAGUGCUGCUGCAGGAGAUCAUGUCCCGCCUCUUCCCCCUGGAGCUGGCUGAGAGGAAGCAGGUCCACGAGACUGAGAUGGCCGAACUCUCCAAUCUAACUAAGGACAUCCCUAUAUUUGUGUGUGCGGUGGCGUACCCGGGCGUGUCCUGUCCUCUCCACAUCUUCGAGCCUCGUUACCGCCUCAUGAUGAGACGAUGCAUGGAGACGGGCACCAGGAAGUUUGGCAUGUGCAGCUACGAACAUGGAAAAGGAUUUGCAGACUACGGCUGUAUGCUGGAGAUCCAUAGCCUAGAGGUGUUGCCUGACGGUCGCUCCUAUGUGGACUGUGUGGGUGGAAGUCGCUUCAGGGUCCUAAAGAGAGGACAGAGAGAUGGAUACCACACCGCUGAUAUAGAAUACAUGGAGGACCACAAGGCUGAGGGGUCAGAGUUGGAGCUGUUGCAGAGCCUCCAUGACAGUGUGUAUGAGCAGGCCCAGGACUGGUACACACGCCUCAACACACGCCUCAGAGAACAGAUCAGCAGACAGUAUGGAACCAUGCCUGACAAGGACAACAACAUACAGGCCUCCAAUAACGGUCCAGCAUGGUGUUGGUGGUUGUUGUCAGUUCUCCAGCUGGACCCUGCCUACCAGACCACUGUGCUGUCUCUGCCCUCCCUCAAAGAUCGCCUGGGACACCUGCGCAUCGUUCUGGAAUACUUCUCCCAGAGCUAGAGAAGAGGAGUAUGAAGGAGAGAGAGGGAUACUUGGUUUACACAAUACAGAAAUACACACAAACGCACAUCCACUAAUAUAGUACACACACACACUAAUAUAUUACACACAUACACACAAGCAGAAAGAGUUUUAUCACUUACAUAAAUACCAUAUUGAAUUGCUGGUGAAAGAGAGGAGCUUUAAGUUUUGGGAGAAAAAUAACUCAAUAUACUUACAAAUUACUAUAUCAUGUCUUGACUGUCCAGCUCGCUAAUAAUCACUUAAAUUAAAGCUAGACAGUCAGGGAGUAUCGUAAAUUCCCAAAACGAUGGAUAGAGGACUUUCUCUUGCAAAUUUUAACGGCGAGGAAAUAAUCAAUAUUCAUUGCAGCCCUCCGUAACUCGUUGAAGACCAAAUGCAGCCCCCAGGGCAAAAUUAGUUUGACCCCCAUGCAGUAGAGGGUUGACCUCAACCUGUUAUGAUUCAUACCAAAGGAUGUAAACCUGGUGUUAAUGUCUCAGACAACCACUAGGUGUCCCUGUUCUCACUCCUGUUUCCCCUAUCAGCCAAGCAUAAAGAACACUGCCUUUCGCCAUGGCAACUGACCUGCACUCAUGAUGUAACCAGCCAUGUCAUAAUCAGAUGAUCUGAUUAGUCUGACUCCUAUGGCUCUAAAGUGCUUGAUGAAAUGCUAUUAAAGGAGAGAUGAGAUGAUAGCGGGAUAGAGAAAGAGUGACACAGAGAUCGCUCAGUCUUACAGAGCUGAAAACAACUUGAUUUCCUGGAUAAUGCACAGUAUGCUAUUAAAGAGUUUGGGUUAAUGUUAUUGAUAGUUCAAAAUAAUCAUGUUGUCUUUUUGGGGGGGUUCUUUAAAACCUUGGCAAGCUCCCAUAUUGUGACAAACACAAUGAGCAGCCAUUUGGUGUCUAACAAUCGGCCACUAAAAUAGGAUCAUAAAUUCUUUAUUUUAUUACUAGCACUAUAGUAUAAUUGCUAUUGCCGCUACUAUAUAUUUCCUGCAAUGAAGCAUCGUUACUAAUAUUGAAUAGGAUGUCAUAUUAGUGUGUUAUUGCAAUAAUGAUUUAUUAUGAAACAUUGAAACAUAAAAAGGCUCCGCCUGGGUGAAAAUCGUAAUAUUUCGGAGUAAUGUGAAUUAAAAGCUGCUAUUGGCUGACUUCUGUCUCUGUAGUGUUGAUGAAGAUCUAUUGAACAGGUCACAUCCCAAAUUGGCACCUUAUUCCCUUCAUAGUGCACUACAUUUGACCAGGGCCUCUAUAGGACUCUGGUGAAAAGUAGUGCACUAUAUAGGGAAUAGUUGGGAUGCAGCCCAGGUGUUAAAUAAGAGAGAUGAGGUGGAAAGAGGAACUUUACAUACACCUUAGUCAAAUGCAUUUAAACUCAGUUUUUCACAAUUCCUGACAUUUAAUCCAAGUAAAAAUUCCCUGUUUUAGGUCAGUUAGGAUCACCACUUUAUUUUAAGAAAGUGAAAUGUCAGAAUAAUAGUAGAGACUGAUUUAUUUCGGCUUUUAUUUAUUUAAUCCCAUUCCCAGUGGGUCAGAAAUUUACAUGCCCUCAAUUAAUAUUUGGUAGCAUUGCCUUUAAAUUGUUUAACUUGGGCCAAAUGUUUCGGAUAGCCUUCCACAAGCUUCCCAAAAUAAGUUGGGUGAAUUUUGACCCAUUCCUCCUGACAGAGCUGGUGUAACUGAGUCAGGUUUUUAGGCCUUCUUGCUCGCACAUGCUUUUUCAGUUCUGCCCACAAAUUUUCUAUGGGACUGAGGUCAGGGCUUUGUGAUGGCCACUCCAAUACCUUGACAUUGUUGUCCUUAAGCCAUUUUGCCACAACUUUGGAAAUAUGCUUGGGGUCAUUGUCCAUUUGGAAGACCCAUUUGCAACCAAGCAAUAUAUCCACAUAAUUUUCUCUUUCUCAUGAUGCCAUCUAUUUUGUGAAGUGCACCAGUCCCUCCUGCAGCAAAGCACCCCCACAACAUGAUGCUGCCACCCCCAUGCUUCACGGUUGGAAUGGUGUUCUUCAGCUUGCAAGCAUCCCCCUUUUUCCUCCAAACAUAACGAUGGUCAUUAUGGCCAAACAGUUGUAUUUUUGUUUCACCAGACCAGAGGACAUUUCUCCAAAAAGUACGAUCUUUGUCCCCAUGUGCAGUUGCAAACCGUAGUCUGGCUUUUUUAUGCCGGUUUUGGAGCAGUGGCUUCUUCCUUGCUGAGCGGCCUUUCAGGUUAUGUCGAUAUAGGACCAUUUUACAGUGGAUAUAUAUACUUUCGUACCUGUUUCCUCCAGCAUCUUCACAAGGUCCUUUGCUGUUGUUCUGGGAUGGAUUUGCACUUUUCGCACAAAAGUACAUUAAUUUCUAGGAGACAGAACGCGUCUCCUUCCUGAGCGGUAUGACGGCUGCGUGGUCCCAUGGUGUUUAUACUUGCGUACUAUUGUUUGUACAGAUGAACGUGGUACCUUCAGACAUUUGGAAAUUGCUCCCAAGGAUGAACCAGACUUGUGGAGGUCCACAUUUUUUUUCUGAGGUCUUGGCUGAUUUAUUUUAUUUUCCCAUGAUGUCAAGCAAAGAGGCACUGAGUUUGAAGGUAGGCCUGGAAAUACAUCCACAGGUACACCUCCAAUUGACUGAAAUUAUGUCAAUUAGCCUAUCAGAAGCUUCUAAAGCCAUGACAUCAUCCAAGCUGUUUAAAGGCACAGUGAACUUAGUGUAUGUAAACUUCUGACCCAGUGGAAUUGUGAUACAGUGAAUUAUAAGUGAAAUUAUCUGUCUAAACCUAUUGUUGGAAAAAGUACUUGUGCCAUGCACAAAGUAGAUGUCCUAACCAACUUGCCAAAACUGUAGUUUGUUAACAAGAAAUUUGUGGAGUGGUUGAAAAAUUAGGUUUAAUGACUCCAACCUAAAGUGUAUGUAAACUUCUGACUUCAACUGUAUGUACUGUAUGUGUUUAGUACCAUUGUCCACAGGCGUAUGUACUGUAUGUGCCUCGACACAUACCUGUCUCGGAACUCUACAGACAAUUCCUUCAACCUCAUGGCUUGGUUUUUUCUCUGACAUGCGCUGUCAACUGUGGGACCUUUCUAUAGAGAGGUGUGUACCUUUCCAAAUCAUGUCCAAUCAAUAUAAUUUACCACAGGUGGACUCCAAUCAAGUUGUAGAAACAUUCAAGGAUGAUCAAUGGAAACAGGAUGCACAUGAGCUCAAUUUCGAGUCUCAUAGCAAAGGGUCUGAAUACUUAUGUAAAUAAUGUAUUUCUGUUUUUUAUUUGUAAUACAUUUGAAAAACUCUAAAAAACAGUUUUUGCUUUGUCAUUAUGGGGUAUUGUGUGUAGAUUGAGGAUGUAUUUAAAAUAAAAAAAAACAUUUUUAGAAUAAGGCUGUAACAUAACAAAAUGUGGAAAAAGUCAAGGUGUCUAAAUACUUCCGGAAGGUACUGUACAGAUCACUACCCACACAGAACCUUAGAGCCAACAGGUUCUGACCUACACACCAGCUUUCUGAAAACAUGCAAUACAGCAACGACCAUGAGGUCCAAUGUACGCCUAGAACCCACCCUAAUGUGCAGACUGGACUACUACAGAUCAGUGGCUGUCAGACAUGCACACAAGUAUAUAAGUCUUUAGCUGAUUGUUUGUCGCUUUAAACCAAAAAAACUUGAGUUCCGAUCAUAAAAACAUUGAUCACUUUACACUUCGGCCAUCUUGAAUUCCCCUAACUGAUUCAACAAGAAGAGACUUUGAUCAGGGACAGGUAAUAGUCUACGUUGUUUAUCCUCAUAGUUGAUUAUGACUUACUGUUCGCUAUCUGUUCUCAUGUAUCAGGGCUUUAUUCAGGAACCUGACUUUACUGUCAACAAUUGGGUGUAAAUUGAUUACAGUUGAUUUCUCAUUGGAGAGGUCGGCUUCUAUUCUUUCACAGUACAAUAGAUGUCCUGUUUCUUCAUUUUCUUCUGAUCCUUUUUAAUAAAUGUUUUAACGUUCAGUGGCGUAUGUGCACACAGACAGGUGUUUUGGCUUCUGUUCCACACUACGUUGCUUCAUGCUAAGUAGCUAGCACAUUAGUGUGGAUAUUGGAUCAGAACCAAUGAUUAUUUGAGGGUGCAUAAGGACACUGUAGUCAUCACCAGAGAUUUCAGAGGUAGUUUGUGUUUCUUCUCUGGCCAGUGUAGUUCUUUAUCUAAUGUGAUAUAUAGACAUUAAAUGGUAGAGAAAGGUUUUGGCCAUGGAAGCCAUUCUAGCCUGCUAGACCACUGUCUAAACCAGGGGUGUCAAACUCAUUCCACGGAGGGCCUAGUGUCUGCAGGUUUUUGUUUUUUCCUUUCAAUAAAGCCCUAGACAACCAGGUGUGGGGAGUUCCUAACUAAUUAGUGAUGUUAAUUCAUCAAUCAAGUACAAGGGUGGAGCGAAAACCCGCAGACACUCGGCCCUCCGUGGAAUGAGUUUGACACCUGUGGUCUAAACAGUUGAUAUUAAUAACCCAGUGCUCUGCUGUGUACAAGCCCCCUGGCAACCGAUGAUGAAUCAUCAUAAAAUACCUGAAUGAUUUAUUUGCUUCCGUUAUCCUUGGAUGAUGACUUUUUAAAAGUUGAUAUUAUAAAUAAAGUUAUUCAAAUGAA